AUGCUCACUCCCACUUCUUCCAAAGCUCGCGUCUCAGGCAUACCCACUCCAAGCAAGUCGACCAACAUUCCGACCCCCGGCAGACCUCGUUCUGCAUCCACUUCAGCUCAGUUUCAGACACAAUCUCAUGACGAAGAAUACAUAUCCAAAGCAUUCGCUGAUGCCAUCAGGGCUAACGAUCCCGCUCAACAUCGCUAUUCCCGCACCAGCGAUGUCUCCGUCCCUUCCCUCUCUCCCUCCUCAGCCCAUCCGUCUCAUUCUGGUCGUCGAUCUGUUACUGGUCGCCCAUCCUCUGUCGCUUCCUCGUCGUCCGCCGUCAGUUCUGGUCCCUCUCGCACUCCUGCUACCAAUCCACGAUCUGCCCGUCCACCCAGCCGUCAGUCUGAUGUCUUCGCCCAAAGCUCCGGCCGAGCAGGGAGGAGCUUCGAAGUCGGUGACAAUGUCAGGAUUGAAUCCCUGGGUUUCGAAGGUACGUUGAGGUACUUGGGUGAGAUUGAUGGGAAGCCUGGUCUUUGGGCCGGAGUUGAACUGAGCGGAGGAUUCGCCUACAAAGGCAAGAACAAUGGCACCGUUAACGGCAAACAGUAUUUCGUCUGUCCCCGCAGUUGUGGAGUCUUUGUCGCAUCAACGAAACUUUCUCUCCCGACAGUUGGCUUUGGGACAAUAUCUCGUCCCUCUUCCGUCGCUUCCACACGCAGUGGACGACUGACCCCCUCACUUUCCGGAAGAAUGACACCAUCUACCUCUGCAGGCAUGCAGAGUGGUCGUAAGACCCCGUCCAUAUCCAUGUCCAAUGGUCGCGUUACACCAUGCACGAGUAACGGGCGAGUGACACCGUCUGCACAGGGCGGACGUAGGACGCCAGGCAUAGUCCCACCGUCGCGUAUCCGCUCUGCUGGUCCAGAUUCGUCGGGGAACCCGAUCACUCCGAUGCGUGGGGCACCACUGCAGAAUUCUAUCACGCCAGGCUCCCGUGCAUCUAGGUAUGUUGGGAUGACUGCCAAACAACUGAGUUCUCGCGGUGCAGGAACGAGGAGUCCUCCUCAAAAAUCAUCUGGUGCUAACAGCCCCACCCGUUUCACCGGCCUUUCAUCCGCAGGACCUGGACAUUUGUCCUCACCGACUAGAGGUUUAUCCUCACCUUUUAAUACCCCCAAAGCUAUUUCCAGUGGACGUACAUCUAACGUUGGGAUGGGCAUUCCGUCGACAACUCCUACUAAAAGUCGAGCAAUACUUAGCACACCCAGAGCACGAGUUCCGAGCUCCAUCGCAAUGCCACCCCCAGCUUCUCCUUCUGGUUCGCUGAUCUCAAGCCGCAGCAUCUCGCUGGAUGACCCUCCGUUCAAGGAGCGCGGAAACGGAUCGUUGACGGAUCUGGAACUCAACGGGAAAGCGCUGCAAGACAAAAUUGCAGAAUUGAUAUCGGGAAAGCCGUCCGGUCCUGUAUCUCGUCCAGAGUCCUCCGCAUCGGUCACCUCUAGCGCUGCCGUAGAGUUUCAAACUCAGAUCGAGCGAAUGCAGACACAGCUGGAAACGUUGGAAGGGCAUAAUCAACGUCUGCGGACCGCCACGAGCGUUCACGAACGAGAGGCACAAGAAGCAGCCGAGCGUAUGCAGAAACUGCUUUCUGACCACAAGCAGGAUUCCGCUCGCAUAAUAGAGUUGGAGGCCUCGGUCAGGACCAAUGAACGCCUCCUGGGUGAGCGGGACAGUGCGAUUGAAGCCUUGGAGAGGGCAGCCCAGCAAACUGCAAUGGACAUCGACAAGAUCAAAAGUGAGGCUGAAGCUCGUCUCAGGGAUGUCCAAUCGAAGUUGGAUGACAAGGAAGCGCUUGUCAAUCAUCUCAAGGAAUCGAUUGAAUUUAAGGAGGGGCGCGAAACGGAGAACGAUGCUGUGCUACGUGCCAAAGACGCGGAGAUCGCAUUACUGGGGGCCCGUGUGGAGAAGGCGUAUUUGGAGCUCGAGGACGAGCGGAGGGAGCUGGGAGGGCAGGUUGACGAGUUGCGGAAGGCGGGUCAGGAAACGAUCGCACUGUAUGAAGAGCGACUCAGCACUUCCGAGAGCAAGCGAUUCGAUCUGGAAGAUGAAAUAACGUCACUUCAGGAUCAACUGAGGAAGUCGACUGUUUCACCGUCACCGAGCGCAAUAGCACACCAUACCAGUUCUGCUGUGGAAAUCGAUAAUGAAGCCCUCCGCGAUCAAGUGCAGCAUUUGCAGAAGAAGAUCCUCACAUUGGAAGAUCGGCUCGAAGACGCUCACCUGGCCUUGGAAAGAGAAGAUGUUGCUGUACGCGAGCGGAUGACGCGAUAUAAGGAGAGGGAGGACGGCAUGAGGGAGGAGUUGCAGGGACGGAGGGAUGAGGUCGAACGGCUACUCAAGUCCGAGGAAGGUGCUCGUCAGCGGGUCGAAGAGAUGGUGGAGGCGUUGCGGGAGAACACGGUGGCUUUGGAGAAUGCGAGGGCAGAGAUCGAGGGUUUGAGGAGUGAAAUUGUGGUCUUGGAGGCAGCCAAUAUGAGCGGCGGAUCGAGCGGCUCGUCCGAACGGCUAGCGGAAGUGGCGCAGCGAACGGCGAGCGAGCGUGGUCGCCUGAUGGAUGAGAUUGUGCAGCUGAAACAACAGCUGGCAGCUCAACCGGGCGAUGGAUCCAGCAGCCUCGCAAGGACAGGCGGCGCAGUCCACGAUCUUGCCGAAGCCGUCAACGCUCUCAAGUCUGAGAAGGCGACGUUGCAGCAGCUCUGCGAUGAUCGGGAGGCCGAGCUCGCGACCGAACGUGAUGUUGUCGCAGACCUGCGUCUCCUGGUCGAGGAGCGCAGCGCUGAACUGGAGACGAUUCGCAAGAAGUUCAAUCGUGAGCUGCCUGUGAAUGGGCUCGACGCCGGAAAAGGGAUGCCCGGCUCACCGUUCAAGUAUGACAUAGCUGCGGCGCGAGACGAAAUCACCGGAUUGAAGCACAUCGUCCAGGAAUUACAGAAGGAGAAUUCUGCGGCGGGUCAACGAAACAAGGUGCUGGAAUCGGAGAACAGGCUGCUGUUGUCGGAGACGGAACAGCUCCGGGAGGAUCUCAAGGCGCUGGAAGAAAACGUGGAGCAGAGCAUCCUGCGAGAAGAACAGGCGCUGCUGUCUGGGGAGGACAGUUCCUCUGUAUCUGCAUCGGGCGAUGCGGUUGCGUUGCAGAAGAGUCUCAAGGAGGUCAAGGUGAAGUACGAGACUGAUCUCGAGCAACUGCGCAAGAAACAAAUGGAUGCAGAGAUGAAGACUGCACGUACGAUCCACGAUCUCAACAAGGAGAUCGGCGAGCUGGAAACGCUGAUCGAAUCCAAGAUCUACCGCGAGGACGAACUGGAGCGGGAGCUGGAGCGGCUGAAGGAGAAACUAGCGCGGAGCCAGAAGAAGACGUCGAAGACGGAGCUGCGCGAAGACGGGGCGUCGAAGCCAGAGGUGGGGGCAUCAUCGACGGAAGUGUGCGAGAUCUGCGAGCGGCCGGGGCACGAUAUAUUCACGUGUGACCUGCUGAAGGGGGAGGGGGGGCGGAUGGGGGGAGGGAGCUCGAGCGGGGGAGAGGAGUCGGAGCUGGUAUGCGAGGACUGCGAGGGAAGAGGGCACGUUGCUGCGAACUGUCCACACUCAUUGGAUGUGUUCUGA